UAUUUAUGCAGCCAGUGGUGAUCGUGCAUGUUUGACUCCCAAAACACUCGACUAUGAAGAAUUUUAUAUUUUAUUGUUUGUCUGUUUCACUUUUGUGUCUUUUAUAUCUAAAAUCGAUGGUCAGCGGCAGUGCAAUUCGUGAAACGGGAUGUUAUCUUGAUAGUGUUGGACAUUUUAAAACAGGAGAACAAAAAACAAUUCCUGGAGCAUGCAUUUCAGCUACCUGUCGAUCUAGUGGUUAUUUUACAGUGAGAACAUGUUAUAAAGUUCAGAUCGAUAUUCCAGGCUGUCACCUCAGUGCUAAGGAUUUUUCAAAACCUUAUCCGGAGUGUUGUCCCAAUAAGGUUCGACGAUGGCCCCAGUGUCAGAAAUCGGAGGAAUAUGAAGAUAAGACUAAAGCCGUAAAUUUUUUAGUUUUUUCUUUUAAAGAUGCGUUCUCCAGAACACAGGAACACUUAUACGAAUAGAACGGGCCAAAAUUAUGAUAAUGAGUUGUCUUCGCACUAUAAACCCCCUGGAGCUUUCACAGUACUUCCACCUGACGAUGAUUCGCCUCAGGAUCCUCCACAUGCUCCGCAGCCAUACAGGCUCACUCCAUCCGCCCGGCGGCACAAGAACAUGUCCUUCGCCAUCCUGGCCGAUCCCACCAGCGCCCCCGGCUCCCGCAGCCCGUCUCCAACCGGCCGCGUUAGCCCCUUCCGAGGCCGGGGCUUCAACCCCGCCGGGUCGCGGCACGCCUCCCCGGCCCCAUCGCCACCCCCCGAGGCCUUCAGCCCCUUCAGCGACUCGCCGCACCACUCCAAGAUCCCCCGGCUGUCCCGCCGCGGCAGCGCCACCGCCUUCGGCGAGAAAAUCACCGACUACCAAUCGUCGCCCAACCGGAGAAAGCUAAACUCGCAACUUAGCCAAAGCCUGACCAACAUCGCGCCCCCGCGGGUCUCCGGGCGGCCGCCCCCCAGCCCGCGGCGGACCACAGGGUACUCCAAGGUGGCGUUCCAGCGCCUGUCGCCCAUCGCGGGCAGUUCGCCGGAGCCAAGUCAAUCCCAGUCUUCCCCAAAAGUCAGUAGCUCUAGUAAUCAGCAAGCAAAUAGGUUCGCUUCGCCGGGUCGCAGCCGGAGCUUCGUGAAUCGGCCGCCUGUGAAAGCGGGGCUCAAAGCGGGGUCGAGGAACGUGAGUCGGGAGCCGAGUCCCGGGAAGAAUCCGACGUCUCCGACGAGGAUCCCGGUGAAGAGUUACAGGAACGUGCAAGCGAAAGUUAAUAGUUUUAGUAGGACUAAACCGAAAGUGCCUCCUAAACCACAAGUGCUUAGUGAAGAGACGACGGAAGAGUCGGAUGUAGGGACCGCCCGAAGGAGAGUCGGGAGGAGGGACAGCGUCGUGUCGAGGCCGAAUUCCAGAGGGAACCUAAACGCCAACACUAACAAUAAGAACAAUAAUAGUAGUAAAGGUACGAAGAGCGUUACGAAUGGGAACACCCUCAGUACCAAAAACGGUAAACCUAACCCUAAAACUAAAGGUAGUGACGACACCAAGACCCUUCCGAUCAAAAAAACAGACCCUAAACCCAGUUCUAAAACCAAAAGUGACAGUGGUGCCACCACCAGCGACAAUAACGUCAAAGAAUCGAGUGCAAGUGAGGCCAAACUCUCUGAAGAACUGAAAAAGUCUGAGAGCUCCGUCAAACUCUCAGACCUUCUUCAACCAUCAACCACAACAGUGGUUUCCACCACGACCACCACGGUAACCCAACCUUUGAAAAUCGAGGCGAAAAUCGACCCAGAAGCAUCCAUCGACAAUAAAACCAUCGCCCCUAUGGUGGACGGACGGGUUCUAAGUGCAACAAGUGUAUCCAACGCAAUGAACAAAAUGAACGACACUGUCAUAAACUCGCAGACACUGAUGAAGGAAACAGGUUUGACGAAACUAUCACCAGCUGCCAGUACCAUCAUCUCCAUGUCCAAAGACGACAAACCCGCGAAUCCAGCUUUAGAUACGAAAAACGCAACCACCGCGUUACCAACCGUGGAGGAAGCCCCCAGUAAAACCAUCGACAACGUCAAUAGCAACCACGUCACCUCCACCGGAAUCCUCCCAUCGGCCCGGGUUCUGGAAGAGCACGUCCAGAACAACAUGAGCAAACUAGCUCCAGAGACCAAGCUCGCCAAUUCCAUCCCGAAGAGCGCCAAUGACAGGAUUCUGGAGGCUCGGACCGUGGUGGCCCACGACGUCAAACCCAUCAAGAUCACGGUGAAGGAGAAACCCAUGGACGUAGAGGUCCAGAGCGGGAACAUCAGGUUCGACACCGCCAAUGGGCUGAAUGAGAGACCGGGCUUACCCCCGCCCCACCAGCCCUCCAACGACCCCCAGCAAGAAUCUCAAGACCCCCCCAAAGGCAACGUAUGCACGCGAUUUCUCUCGACAUGCAAGAAGAAAAUGUCAUGUAAAGCAUGCAAGAAGCAGAAAGACGAAAACAAGGACAAAACCAAGAAGAUCGACGAAGAGAAGGAAAAAACCGGAUGCUUCAACUGCCGGAGGAAGAAACCCGACGUUACCAUCAACGUGGAGAACGAUCCGAACGAACCCAAGAAGAAGUUGUGGGAGAGGAUGAAGUGCUGCGGGAAGAAUAAGGUCAGCGAUACUACAGGGUGUUUCCCCAGUGGUAAACGAAAAGAGAGCUGGGUUGGAGACAGGAGGGAUAGUAUACUGAGCGACCCACAGACUGAGAAGGCGAAGUGUUGUUCGAAAAUUGGGUGCAGAAAUUUCUUCCGGAAGAUGUUCUGUUUGGAUAAGUGUAGGAAGAAGAAGCCGAAGAUGGACGAGAUUGAGGAUAGUCGGAGGGCGUCGAUGAUGAGUAAGAAGAAGAGUUUGACACCGUCGUCAAUGCCUGUUGAGGACACCAAACCGAAAAUUGACGAAAGUCUCGUGGAACACUCGUCUCAAAUGAAAGCCGCUAUUCCUGUUCUUCCAGUAUGUCUGGCAUGGUUUUGCCUGGUCAUGAAUUGCAUAGCACCCGGAACCGGUACUAUUUUCAGCGGAAUGUUUUGUCUCUGCAUCGGCAAACCCCGAUUUUCCCAAAAAGAUGGCGUUCGGGCCCGAAUUUGGUCUUUCAUUAUCAACUUGGUGAUAGGUUUUGGUCAAUUUUUUACGAUAUUGUUUUGUUUAGUGGGUUGGGGGUGGUCCAUUUGGUGGGGCGUCAUUAUGGUGAAACUUGCCAGAAAAAACCGAAAAAUUAAAGCCUUAGAAGCAAACGAGCAAGAAGGGUCCAGACAAGUGCCAGCCGCCAAUCACCACUCUUCCAGAGAUCCGGAGCGACGAUCUUGAGAAGCGGCUAAAAGCAUAUCACUUCUUCUGGAAGAUUUUUCCUACAAUAUUUUGUACAAGCUUUUCGCACAAAUUAUGAAAUUUUCGAGUUAGCUGUUAGUUGGAAUUUGGAACCAGUUGUUUACUCUUCAGAAAUUGUUAUCGUUAAAGAGCCAUUUUUGCUGGUCAAAAAUGUUUUGUAACAAAUGUAGAUAAGACAUAGACGAAAUUUAUGCAACUUAUAAAAAUGAAAUUGACACUAUUUUUUGUAAGGAAUAAUGUAGAAAUGUAUUAUACAUUUUAUAGUGCAAGGUGAAGGUUGUUACUAAAAUACUAAUACGUUUGUAUGAAGUGUACAAAGGGUUUUUUCAAAGUAUUUAAACACUUCUCGUUCUAAUACUUCAACAAUGCAAUAACUUAUAGGUUAGGCACACAAUUAUAAAUUACAGAAAUAUUUUUCUAACU